AUUGCCGUUCCAAUUUGUGAUUGGUUUGCGCUCUGUCAGUCAUUGAUGUAAACAGUAACGCUUCCUGGUUUAAAGUCUGAAAUCGGUGUUUCGGAAGGUCGUUACCAAGCUCGUAUUAUAUCGGGUUAUUUGAAAUAGGCAUGGCUUUGAGUUGAGCCAGUGGUAAUAUUAACACCAGGAAAGCUUCGUCCCCCUAGCCCCGCCAUUCUGUUUAGUGUAACCGCCCCGGUUUCUUUGGGAACGCGUUGGUCAGACCAUGGCGGGCUCAGUAAACGGGUUAGUUCAUGUACUGGAAUCUUACAGAGGGCGAGAUAAGGUGGUUAGAACGCUCUGCUAUGGCUGUCAGCUUGCUGGUGGGGUUUUGUGCCAGAAAGCGUCAGGGAGGUCUGAACUUGGGAAAAGCCUUUUACUGUUUUCAGCACAGUUGAGUCAGUGUCGCACGGUGCUCCGGCUGUUUGAUGACCUCUCCAUGUACGCUUACUCACGAGACUACGGCCUGGGGGCCAAGGAUGAAGACUCUGCCCUGCGUUGCAUGUCUGUACUCAAUAACCUGGCUGACCAGCUGUACUACCCCUGUGAGCACCUCGCCUGGGCUGCCGACGCCAAGGUUAUCAGCACACAGUCUGGCAAGUGGUGGACUUUGAGCACAGCACUGUGGGGGAUCUCUCUGCUGCUGGGUAUAAUGAGGUCUCUGCGAGCGAUCGUGCUGUUUAAGAGAAAAUUGAAACAACGGGAGAGAGGCAGGUGUGUGGGAAGCAGUGAGACCCCUAAUGGAAUUGAGAACCAGCAGCAGCUGUGUUCUGAAGUGUUCAGAAUCCUCAGCGGCAUGGCAGACUUUGCGAAUGCUGUCAAUUGGAUGCCCCCAGGAUUCCUCUGGGCAGGGAAGUUCCCUGAUUGGCUGGUUGGACUGUUAGGCACCACCUCCUCGCUGAUUGGUCUAUACCAGAUGUGCGCAGGAGGGAGCGGAGGAGGUGUUUAAAAUUAUACAAAGGCUUUAAAAACACCCUCUGGAGCUGGUAUCUGUCUUCUGUGACCUUGACCUGGAAGUCAGAGGCUUCCCACAUGACAAACUGACAAAAAGAAUACAUCACUGAUAAGAACAUCUCAUUUAUACAGUAGUGCGCAAGUUUAUUAGACCACCCCAUUACUUCUGUAGUUUUGAUUUGUUGUGCAUAUGAAAUCAGACCACUGUAGCUGAAAAUCUUGAAAAGUUGUAAAAAUAGGCAAAUUAGUGAUUGUCUCAUUUAAUUGGAGACUGUAAUAGGCCACACAUGCUCUUUCUUUAAAAUAGUAAGAGAAAAGAAACACAGAGCCAUAAGUGGUAAAAUGCAUGACACUUUUUAGAAGUUGUUUAAGAUGUUUAAAGCACAAAGUGGUCUAAUAUUUUCAGACAAGUUUCUAUACUUUCUAUGUCACUGAUUACUGACCAGCAAGUGAAAUGUUUUCAUGUUUGUGUUCUGUGAUCUGUAGGAUGUUAACAAACCUGAAUAAAAACAACAGUUAUCUAGAACAUACGCAGUAGGGCUGUUAAGUAAAAUCUUAGGAAAUUACAGAUGAUAUAAAUAAUGCCUUUAAAAAUGUAGUUAGUGAAUGAGGGCUAUACCACUACAAUGCAAUUCUUAUAUUACACAUGCAUUGAAGAAACAGGGCUUCUCAAUGACAUUGUACACUGCAGAUCAUUUGUUUCUGUCAGAUUCGAAAUGAACUAUGUGGUUUACAAUUGAAAUUCCAGGUUUACGCUGAUGAAUGCGCUGGCCAAAACGUUUUCUCUACUUGACCUUUCUUAGCAGUGGAAUUUGUGGAAUUUCAACACAAAAUAAAAAGAAUUAAAAAAAAAAAAAAAAAAAAAAAACAUUAAAGUUCAGCAGCACAGUGAUUUGGGGAGCAGUGAAAAAUACAGAAAGGGCUGAACAGAUUGACCUGUUAAGGGGGUGAAAUGAAAAUGCUUAUGGUCUCUUACAUGAUAAUAUGUUUAAUAGUUAAUAUUCUGUUUCCUUUCCUGGACUGUCUAGUUUUUUAUUGUAUCUUGAUGGUGCCACCAGCCAAAUUAAUCCCAUUGUGUCUUGAUUAACACAGACAUUCUUUAAAAAGAAUACACCCAAUAUUGAAUGUUGACAUCAUGAUUGUAUUAUUAUAUACGGUAGUUAUUUUAACAGCUUCAGGGUUGCUUUGGUGUCAGUGAAUUGAAGAAAAGAAAA